AUGGCAAUGAAAACUGUAGCAUUACCUUCCAUGUUACUAAUGGCACUACUCACCAACUUGCUAUCCCAACCAGCAAUCGCCAAUGUGGAGAAAUCGCCACAGAGUGCUCCUGCUUCAACAAUUCCAGGCCUAGCUGCUUCCACCGGGAACUUCGUUGCUUCGGGUCGAAUCAAGCCAGAAAGAGAUUUGGGCAAAGUUACUACGACUAAAGGAGAGGGAAUAGGAGGAGGCAGUGUUGAAGCUUUGAUUAGAAUUGAUGGGAAAGAAGCCAUUGCGAAAGUUGAUGAAGAUUUUAUCUGUGCAACUUUGGAUUGGUGGCCUCCUGAGAAAUGUGACUAUGGAACUUGCAGCUGGGGCAAAACUUCUCUCCUUAAUUUGGAUCUAAGUAAUACUAUCUUAUCAAAUGCCAUAAAAGCUUUUUCACCAUUGAAACUUAGAUUGGGUGGUACCUUGCAAGACCAAAUCAUAUAUGAUACAGAAGACAAUAAAAAACCUUGCCCCCCGAUUCCUUUUGUUGAAAACAACACAACAUUGUUUGGUGAGAUGUUUGGUUUUAAUGAGGCUUGCCUACCAAUGAAGAGAUGGGAUGAACUAAACUCCUUCUUUCUGAGAACAGGGGCUAAGAUUGUCUUUGGAUUAAAUGUCCUCACGGGAAAAACAUUCAAGAAUAAUAUCCCUGCAAUUGGAGACUGGGACUUCACCAAUGCCGAAUCUUUCAUUCGAUACACUGUCAAAAAUAACUACUCUGUUGCUGGAUGGGAGCUUGGGAAUGAGCUAUGUGGGAAGGGAGUUGGAACGAGCAUAUCAGCAAGUCAGUAUGCCAAUGAUUCAGCUUCUCUGCGUAACAUAGUACAGGAAAUAUACAAGGGUGGUGCUGGACCAAAGCCACUAAUCUUAGCACCUGGAGGGUUCUUUGAUGGACCUUGGUUCAAAGAAGUUGCAGAUAAAAGCACUACAACUUUAGAUGCGCUCACACACCAUGUAUAUAAUCUAGGGCCAGGGGUUGAUAAUAACCUUAUUGAAAAGAUUCUUGACCCGGAGUCUCUGGAUAGUAUGGUGGACACAUAUAGCAAGCUUCAAAACAUCCUGAAGACCUCUGCAACUUCAGCAACAGCAUGGGUUGGGGAAUCAGGAGGUGCUUGGAACAGUGGUCAUCAUCUUGUCACGGAUGCAUUCGUGUUUAGUUUCUGGUAUCUGGACCAGCUUGGUAUGUCUGCAGUUUAUGAUACCAAAACAUAUUGCAGACAGACCUUGGUUGGUGGAAACUAUGGUUUACUCAACACUACUACUUUUGUUCCCAAUCCAGACUACUACAGUGCUCUUCUUUGGCACCGAUUAAUGGGAAGAAAUGUACUGGCAACGAGGUUUGGUGGACCGAAAAAGAUACGUGCUUAUACACACUGUGCAAAACAAUCUAAAGGGAUUGUAGUCCUAUUGAUCAACCUACACAACACCACCGUUGUUCAGGCAAGGGUUGCCUUCAACAGUACCUGGAGCUUGCGACAUAGACACAAAUCUCACAAGUCUUAUAGAUCACAUAUGAAGGAACUUAAUGGUCUAAGAAGCAGGGCAGAAAGAGUGAGAGGUGACAGAGAAAGAGAAGAAUACCAUUUGACACCAAAGGAUGGAAAUAUACAGAGCCAAACCAUGCUGCUUAAUGGAAAUGCUUUGAAUCUGGAUUCAUCUGGGAACAUACCUACAUUAGAACCUGUUUUUGUAAAUUCAUCGCAGCCGAUAAUUGUUGCUCCAUUUUCAAUUGUUUUUGUUCACAUACCAUACGUUGUUCCCCCAGCUUGCAGGUAG